AUGGACGACGACGGACCGCAAAUUCGCAUCAAAUUUGUCACGAAAGAUGCGGCGAUUCGCGUGACCGAGACCCCUUUUGCAGUGCCAACUCGCCUCAGUCGGCGAGGGUUAUCCCAAGUCGUGAACCACUUGUUGGCUACGGGGGACACGCCACGGCCAUUUGAUUUUCUCAUUGACGGUCUCUUCCUACGCUCUUCGCUGGACAAGUACCUGCAGACGAACCAGAACAACGUGUCGGAGGAGACGCUCUUGACGCUCGAGUACGUGGAAGCGCUGCCAGAGCCUCAGAAGCAAAAGAACUGCGACCAUCCAGACUGGGUCAGUGCUGUCGCCGCUCUAGAUGACAAUCUCGUUGUCACGGGCUGCUAUGAUGGCGUGCUGCGUGUUUAUGACGCUCAAGGAGACUGCAAAGCUGCAGUCAAAGCUCACCACGGAGCGAUCAAGGCCGUGAGUGUGUCACUUGAUGCUGCCAAGAGCGGAGAGUAUGUUGUCGCGAGUAGCGGCAAGGAUCAACUGGCACAGCUGUGGCGGUAUACAGUCGAUCCGGCCAAGCUGUCGCCUAUUGCAGCGCUCACUCGCCAUUUGAACAGCGUCGAUGCAGUGCAGGUACAGGCUUCAGGCAAGCGUGUGGUGACUGGCAGCUGGGAUAAUACAGUGCGUGUCUGGAAAGUGCCAGGUGAAGCAGAAGCGUGUGCAGAGCAUCCAUCGAAGAAACACAGGAAGACGGCCAAUGGUUCCAGUGCCGUGAGUUAUCAGCAGCUUGAGGCUGAAAUCGUGCUGGUGGGCCAUACGAGCUACGUGACGAGCGUGGCGUUUAGUCCGAAGAACUCCGACCAUGACGACAGCGUGGUUGUAUCUGCCGGCAGCGACCGCACCGUUCGUCUAUGGGAUCUAGUCACCCAGUCUUGCUCGCAGUCGCUGGUUGGCAACCGCGCCGUGUCGGACCUAAGCGUGCACGCCAAUGGACUUGUACUUACUUCUCACCCGGACCAAUGCAUUCGGUUGUGGGAUCCACGGGCACAGCAGAGUGGUGAAAGUAUCGUACAGCGCACCUUCCGGUCGCACAAAGAGUGGGUGAGCUCAGUGGCCUGGCAUCCGGACAGCGCAUCUAAUGAGCAUUUGUUUGUGUCUGGCGGCUAUGACGGCGCGGCCAAGGUGUGGGACGCGCGUAGCACAAUUCCGCUGCAUACUAUAACUGCGCAUGAAGGCAAGUUGCUUGAUCUGUCCUGGCGGAGUCAAGGCGAGGAGAAGAGCAGUGUGGCGUUUGUCACGGGUGGUGAUGAUAGGAAGCUAAACUUCUUUAGCGUGUAG